AUUUGCUGGUUUUCUACCAAAAGAAAACCGAAGGGAUUUAGUGUAAUAAAACCGGAAACUGUGAUGCCUGAGAAAGCAAAGCAUCAAUGUAAGAGAAGCAUCCAAAUUUGAUUUGACAUUGCAGAAUCAGACCCAGUGUUCCUCCAUUCAAAGCCACAAUCUUUAUCACCCACAACUGCUGCUGCUAAAUACGAUCAUCUUCUUCGUUUCCCAACUCUUUACUUCACUUCAAUCCACAUCAAAACCCACAAGCUUUUUCCUUUCAACUUAACCUUAGUUAGAUCUAAGUUAAACUCACCUAUCGGAAGGAAGAUCGUAGAAUUUCUGGGGAAAAGUAGAGGUUUUUAGGCCGGAUAGUUAACCGUAGAGCUGUGAAAAGAUGAGGCGGCGAGGACUAGAUUUUAGGAGACCGGUGAGGAGGAGGCUUCCCAAUGUUGUGUGGUUUACAGUGUGCGGGAUUUUGGUUUUGGUUCUCAUCGUCGUUUUGAGCAGAGAAGGCCAGAUUGAAUCAACACCCACCAUUUCUAGGAAACCUAAUCGGCAUGACAAAAUUACGGAAGGAAUAAUCACUGAUGAAAUGUUGAGCCCCGACUCUGUCACUAGACAAAUUACUGAUCAAAUUUCUCUUGCAAAGGCUAUUGUUGUGAUAGCAAAAGAAAGCAACAAUCUCCAAUUUGCUUGGGAAUUAAGUGCUCAAAUCCGUAAUUCACAGGCCCUUCUGUCAAAUGCUGCAACUAGGCGAACUCCAUUGACAGUUGGAGAAUCGGAGAUUGCAAUUCGUGACAUGGCACUUCUGCUCUUCCAAGCCCAACAACUCCACUAUGACAGUGCAACAAUGCUCAUGAGAUUAAGAGCCAAAAUCCAAACUCUUGAAGAACAGAUGAGUUCAGCGAGCGAUAAAAGUUCUAAGUAUGGACAAAUAGCCGCUGAAGAAGUACCCAAAAGUCUGUACUGUCUCGGUGUUAGGUUGACUACUGAAUGGUUCAGAAACCCAAAUUUACAAAAGAAACUCAGGGAAAAAAGGCAAUCGGAUGCGAAACUUAAAGACAACGAUUUGUAUCAUUUCUGCAUCUUCUCUGAUAACAUUCUUGCAAGUUCCGUGGUGGUUAACUCGACGGCUUUAAAUUCCAAAAACCCGGAGAAGAUUGUCUUUCAUCUUGUAACUGAUGAAAUAAACUAUGCUGGGAUGAAGGCCUGGUUCACCUUGAACAAUUUUCGGGGAGCGACUGUUGUGGUUCAGAAGCUAGAGGACUUCAAGUGGUUGAAUGCUUCUUAUGUUCCGGUUCUUAAACAACUGCAAGAUUCCGGGACUCAGAGUUAUUAUUUUUCUGGGCAUAAUGAUGAUGGCCGGACUCCGAUCAAGUUCAGAAACCCCAAAUACCUGUCUAUGCUUAAUCAUUUGAGGUUCUAUAUUCCUGAAGUUUAUCCGGCACUAAAGAAGGUGGUAUUUCUUGAUGAUGACAUUGUGGUUCAGAAGGAUCUGUCUGGUCUGUUUUCCAUCGAUUUGAACGGCAAUGUUAAUGGAGCGGUCGAGACAUGCAUGGAGACAUUUCAUAGAUAUCACAAGUACCUGAAUUACUCUCACCCUCUUAUAAGGGCACAUUUUGACCCCGAUGCAUGUGGUUGGGCAUUUGGGAUGAACGUUUUCGAUUUGGUUGAGUGGAGGAAGAGGAAUGUGACCGGCAUCUAUCAUUAUUGGCAAGAACGGAAUGUGGACCGGACAUUGUGGAAACUCGGGACACUGCCACCCGGACUGCUGACAUUCUAUGGACUGACAGAGGCAUUGGACCCGUCGUGGCAUGUACUGGGGCUAGGCUAUACAAACGUAGAUCCUCAGUUGAUAGAGAAAGGGGCCGUUCUACACUUCAACGGAAAUUCAAAGCCGUGGUUGAAAAUCGGCAUAGAGAAGUACAAGCCCCUUUGGGAGAAGUACGUCGAUUAUUCCCAAUCACUCUUGCAACUGUGCAAUUUUCAUUGAUCAACAAUCGCCAUGGAAAUCUCUAGUCGUUCAACACCGUCUUAGAAGAUUGAAGGUCGAGUAUGCUUGUAUAAUUUUAAAGAGGCCAAGCAUGGCUGCUGGUUGUAACAUGGUAUUUAAUUCAUUCCAGCUUAGUUCGUUGUAGCAUACGCUGUUCAUCAAUAUCGAACUAGUUAAAAGAUCAUU